AUGCACAUCGUUUUCACAAGCUUGCAGGAGCUGUACUUCUUCAACAAGCUCUCCCUGCAGCUGUACAGCGAGGUGAACCCCAUCUCCGAUGCCGCUGUGAACUGCCUGGAGCCGGUACGACCGUCGCCCGUGGUCGAAAGCACUCUCCCGGAGGAGUUGACGAAGACAGAGACGUUCGACCUGCUAGGACACGACUUCGAGGUGAAACCGGACGUCAUGGGUGGCGACUCGCUCUGGCACAAGGCGUCCCAGAUUUCCUUCAAGAAGUUCAAGAAGCCAAGUUCCAACGUGGGCGAGAAGGCGAAGCGGGGGAAAGUGCUCACGGAUUCGCCGAAGACCUCCGGAACGGACAAGACUUGCGUCUUCAACAAGCCCUGCAAAGGCUUUACCUGUGCCAUUAAGAAGAUCAAGAACCGGUACUGGAGCGUGAAGAUGAAGAGGAAGUACCGCAUCAUGUCCCUGGAGUUCACCAUUGGAGAUGAGCCUCUUGAG